CCUCACGCGCAAGCGCUUGGCGCGAUGACAUCGGCGGCCGCGCGCCGCUAACGCAGGAAGCGGAGCCGGGCCCCGCCCGCCCGGGAUGCGCUUCGGCGCCCGGAGACCAUGUCCCUGCGCAGGCCGCCGCCGCCGGACGGGAUCGCGCCGCACGAGUAUAAUUCUAAGAAGAAAAGGAAAGUAGCGGAGAUUUAUCAGGCCCUGAACAGCGAUCCCAUUGAUGUGGCUGCACUCAGACGAAUGGCGAUCAGUGAAGGGGGUCUCCUGACAGAUGAGAUUCGUUGCAAAGUAUGGCCAAAGCUUCUCAACGUGAAGACGGAUGAUCUGCCUCCUGCUCCAGGAAAGGAGCUGCGGGAGGACAAUGAAGACUACCAGCAGGUGUUACUGGAUGUGAGGCGAUCCCUGCGCCGCUUCCCACCCGGGAUGCCAGAUGAGCAGAGGGAAGGGCUCCAGGAAGAACUGAUCGACAGCAUCCUGCAGGUUUUACAGCGCAACCCCCAGCUGCACUACUACCAGGGCUACCAUGACAUUGUGGUGACUUUUCUGCUGGUCGUGGGGGAGAGACUGGCGACUGCUCUCGUGGAAAAGCUUUCGACCCACCACCUCAGGGAUUUUAUGGACCCAACAAUGGACAACACCAAGCACAUUUUAAAUUACCUGAUGCCCAUUAUAGACCAGGUGAACCCUGAACUCCAUGACUUCAUGCAAAGUGCUGAAGUGGGGACCAUCUUUGCACUCAGUUGGUUGAUCACCUGGUUUGGGCAUGUCCUGGCUGACUUCCGACAUGUGGUGCGAUUGUAUGACUUCUUCCUGGCAUGUCACCCGCUGAUGCCCAUUUACUUUGCUGCUGUGAUAGUGCUAUAUCGGGAGCAGGAGGUUCUGGACUGCGAAUGCGACAUGGCCUCUGUCCACCAUCUCUUGUCCCAGAUCCCACAGGACCUUCCCUACGAGACCCUGAUUAGCAGAGCUGGGGAUCUCUUCGUCCAGUUUCCUCCGUCGGAGCUUGCCAGGAAGGCAGCACAGCAGCGUGCUGAGAGGACCGCUGCUUCCACCUUUAAAGACUUUGAGUUGGCUUCAGCCCAGCAGAGACCAGACACUGUGCUGCGGCAACGCUUCAGGGACCGGCUCCGAGUGGAGGAACGGACAAAAUCCAUCUUGACAAAACCAAGGACCAACCGCUUUGUCAAGCUGGCAGUGAUGGGGCUGACAGUGGCACUGGGGGCAGCUGCUCUUGCCGUGGUGAAGAGUGCACUAGAAUGGGCACCCAAGUUCGAACUGCAGAUUUUCCCCUGAUGGAGGGAGAAUGGUGCCCUGCCACUUUAAAGAUCACGUCCUGCCAUGGCAGGAGAGGACGGUGUUUCCUUUAUUGAAAGGACUUGUCUAAAGAUGACUGGUGUCGAGAAUUUUCUAGUCCUGCUGCCCUCCUUAACACGACUUGCCUUUGUCUCCGAGGCGGAGGGGGACUGGCCCAGCAGCAGUGCUCACCAUGUGAGGAUGCUCACCUUGUUCUCGCCUCCCUGAGCAGCAAGGAAACUCCUCCUCUCUUACUCUGAGGAAUUAGAAGCGAACACUUCCUGAGCUGACAAUGCCUGGAACAGCCUGGCAGGUCAGGUUUCACACCCAGUGGCUGGACACCUGCAGGGCUGCGUGUGUGUCGGUCUCUUGAAGCACUCUGACGUUCUCUCCCCAGAGUGUAAUGGGAGAGGAAACGACUAAAUAUUUUCAGGUAGAUGAGCGGUCACAUCUGCACGAGGAGUCAGUCUGGGAACUGAGUGGGUUGUAGGGGAGGUUAGACUCCUGACGAAUGGUGUAAGUAGCUUUCUGGUUCCCAUAGCAUCCCUUUCUGCCCUCCCCCCGAGCACUCCGCUUUCUGCAGAGUCCUGGACUUACCAACACUUGGAUCGUUUUCUUGCUCUGCAGGCAAUGUUUUAGUAGAGCAGAGCCCUCUUCACAAAUUCCUCUCAUGGGAAUAGACCCCCUAGACUAACAUUAGGGUUCAAGGGUGUCACUACUGUAUAACUGCAUGAGUUAAGUUAGUGUCCUAAUCUCCCCAGUCUGGUAUGUUUACAGGCGGGAACAUCUAUGGGCUUUUUCUGGUCUGCUGGAGAGAGGUCAGCUCUCAGCCAGCCACACCAACUUGACUGGUGGUAAGCGUAGUCUGUUCUUUCAGUUCAGCAAGAUAAGGCAGGGCUGAGUGUGAAUUAUUUGCCCCAGGUGUGAACAGUUACUUGCCAGACCACACCAGCUCCUGUUACUACACCUAGAGAAGCCAUUUCAAUUGCUAACUUUUAAACACAGCCUUUAAAAUAAAAAAAUGCUUUCCACCAUGCAAAAUAGCUUACGGCAGGACAGAAGCCAUUGCCCCUGGAAGCCCCUUUAAAAUGUCUCGCCAAAUAACUGUUCAGACUUUCACGUCAACCCUUAAAAUGCUGCAGGUCAGUGACUUUUCCAGAAAUUGACCCCAGGUGCCUAGAGCCCAGCCGCUCACCAGAUCUGCUGCGAGCUUCUCCUCCUCCCAGCCCCAAAACCUCCAAGCACCUAGUACUGUCCGACUUAAACUAAGCCAAUAGACACUACACAUCUCUACCUCCUCCUCCUCCACUGCUGCUAACCCCUCCCACAAGUGCCCUUACCCUGCCCCACUGCUUCCCAGGUGACUGACUGUCCCCUGCUGCAUCCCACCCAAUGCCAUCUGUCCCUGUUUCCAGCAGUUACACACCUGGAAAUUAGGUGUUGGUUGAAGAGUUAAGGAAAUCUGAAUAUACUAGAAGCUUUGUGCCCUGCAGUAAUCUAGAGCCUUUUAUUCAUUCUUAAUACAGUCAAUUUUAUAUCUGAGUUACUCUGACUGUGCUCUCAGUCCCGAAGGCACCAUGCCCUUCAGAACUGCAGCGUAAGGAAGUAAUAGUGCCUAGAUAACAGCAGUGCGCACCUUAUACAAGCAUAACUUUAUCGGAUGGGAGCAGGGCUCUGAGCAAACAAAUUGCCCUUUGCUUCUGCAGUGGCUGAUGUCUGUGGUAUGUUUUGAUUCAAGAAACAAAAAAGCAAGGAGGAAAUUUGCACCAUUCCCCUUUCUGUUGUUGGCCCCUCUUUGAGGGCACCUUGCUUUCUAGUGACAUCUGGCUAGUCACUGAUCAAGCACUCACUCCUCCCCUUGGCCAGCAUGUCUUCUAACAUGCUGCAUGUGUAAAAGGUAUUGUCAAUUUUUGGCUGCAGGGGAGUGGGCUGCCCAACCAAUGGGAAGUUGUUGGUGGCAUCCUCUGCGUUGCAAUAAAUGGAGUUGGGGGUAUGGGAAGAGCUGUUAAAUGAAGCACUUUAAUUUAAAAAAAAAAAAAAAAAAACAAAACAA